CACCCGUGCUUCUUUCCUCAACUGUCCGUGUGAUCGCCUUUCUUUUCUUUUUCGUGUCUCGGUUCGAUCUGGUGCUGAAUUUCUUUGUGGACUUUACGCUAGAAAAGAGAAGUAAGCUUGGACAGCUCCUAGAAUCAUUUUUUUAUUUUCUACUGAUUUUAUAGCUGUAGAUUCUUAAAGUCUGAGGAGAAUGUAAAAUGUUUGAGGAACUUGGAGACUUUAAAGGCUGUACCAAACAUGCUAUAGUAUUUGUGAAAGAAAAACGUCACUAAUUAUCUCCAUUUUAAAAGCUCCUCAAACAGUCACUCAUCUUAUUUACCGACAGCAAAGUGGUAAUGGUACUGGUAUCCUCGAGGCCUUGUAUAUUGCUUUUGCAUUAAAGGAUCCUCUCAAUCUAAAUACAGUCUUUUUUUUUCUGAAAUUUACUACGUCAUCCAACAAGAAAAGUAAAGAAAAAACACAUUACAUGUAAAUUGGAGCAUACUGUAUUGUUUUUCAUAGGAAAGGGCUAGAAAGAUGGAUGAAUUUGGUAAACUUUCAGUGAAAAACUAAGCUCUCUAUCUUUCUAAUUUAAAGUUGUGGUAGAAUAUCUAUCUUUGUAAUUUAAAGUUGUGGUAGAAAGGUACUAGGAUGGAGGAACUAGCGGCUGAAUGUAUGUUCUGGAAGCGAAAGGAAGGGGAGAGAUUUUGAGUAGCUCAAAAAUAUGGAGUAUUUUCUUCACCUUCUUCCCCACGCGGAAGCGGAAGCUGAAGCGCACACAAUUACAAUUACAGGGCGACUACUCUCUCCUCUCUGCUCCCUGCUCCCUGCUCCCUGCUCUCUCUAGAGAGAGAAUAGAGAGAGAGAGAGAAGCCAUCAGCCAUGGCGUGCUGCUUCGCCUGCCUGGGCGCUGGCGGCGGGAAGAUGAAGAAGAAGAAGAAGUCGCCGCCUCAGAUCCCACCGGCCUCAGGUGAAAGAGAUAACCCACCAAACCUGGCCUCAUCGACAGUGAUGAAGCAGGAUCAGGAUUCGUUUCAAUUAGCUGCUAACGAGGACAUCCUUGUGAGCAAUGGAUCAUCCGAGAACCGCCGCAUUGCAGCUCGGACCUUCACCUUUAGGGAGCUCGCUGCGGCCACAAGCAACUUCAGGGUCGAUUGCCUGCUCGGUGAGGGCGGUUUUGGAAGAGUGUACAAAGGCUAUUUGGAGACUGUCGACCAGGUUGUCGCAAUAAAGCAGCUCGAUCGCAACGGACUGCAAGGCAACAGGGAGUUUCUUGUUGAAGUUCUUAUGCUCAGCAUGCUGCACCACCCAAAUCUUGUUAACCUUAUUGGAUAUUGUGCCGAUGGUGAUCAGAGGCUUUUAGUUUAUGAGUAUAUGCCAUUAGGUUCUUUGGAAGACCAUCUUCACGAUCCUCCACCAGGCAAGUCACGGCUUGAUUGGAAUACAAGGAUGAAGAUAGCUGCUGGUGCAGCGAAGGGUUUGGAAUAUUUGCAUGACAAAGCCAAUCCUCCAGUCAUAUACCGAGAUUUGAAGUGUUCAAAUAUCUUGCUUGGGGAGGGAUAUCACCCAAAAUUGUCUGACUUUGGAUUGGCAAAGCUCGGCCCAAUUGGCGAUAAAUCCCAUGUUUCCACUAGAGUGAUGGGUACAUAUGGAUACUGUGCUCCUGAGUAUGCUAUGACUGGCCAGCUGACUCUCAAGUCAGAUGUUUAUAGUUUUGGUGUUGUUCUGUUGGAGAUCAUUACAGGACGAAGAGCUAUCGACAACACCCGAGCAGCAGGGGAGCAAAAUCUUGUUGCAUGGGCCCGGCCCUUGUUCAAGGACAGGAGGAAGUUCCCCCAGAUGGCAGAUCCAGCGCUUCAUGGUCAGUAUCCAUCGAGAGGAUUGUACCAGGCCUUGGCUGUUGCUGCGAUGUGUGUCCAAGAGCAACCGACCAUGAGACCCCUGAUCGGGGAUGUUGUUACAGCUCUCGCUUACCUUGCCUCCCAGACUUAUGAUCCAGAGGCACAUGGCGUCCAUCACACGUCACGUUUGAUGUCUCCCGGCACACAAGGUGUAUGAGGGAUGCAGACUUAGGCUGAGGAGGUGCUGUAGAACAGAAAGCAGGAAUUAAGGCUUCAGAAAGCCUAGAAUAUUUUUUGCUAGAUAUGGUACCUGAGGAGAUGUUGCUGACAGUCCAUGGAGAUGACCAGCCCAGAGAUUUUGUUCAUAGCAAGAGAAAGAGAAUCAUAGAGAGAAAUGAGAUGGUUCCUGGUUUCUGCAACAUGGAAUGGUGAUAGAUUGAUUUGUUUUCUCAUGAUAGGGAUGGCUGCUGUUGUUGUACAUGUGAAUUUCUUUCUCGAGUCUGUAUUUACAUCAGUGUAGGAGUAGCCUGUAGCGUAGUACAUUUGGGUUCAAGGAAUUUUUGUCAUCUCUUUGUUCCCUGUGGGUGUGAGUUUCGGUUGCGUGCUGGAGGGUUGUCAGCUGCAGUUUCAGUUGCCUGGUGAUGUUAUUGCGUAUGCCUCAGACAGUAUGCCAUCACUUACUAUUGAUGCGGUUUCUUAU